AUGUCAUUUGUGAUGGGAAACCAGGACUGGACACUAUUGCUCGAGACAGAAUGCAAUCGAUUGCCAUCACCUGGUCCCAGUCCUAACCCAUUUGAUCCUUCGUUGGUUAGAAUGUUACGAUCAAAGUCUUACUUGCGGAGGGCUAUUUUCCAGAUAGCAACAUCGCUGUCCUCCAACAAACACCGAAGCGGCUAUGAGCAGAAGGCAUGUUAUUGUUGGAACGUGAAUAUCAACCCUACGCGUUUCGGCACUGGAUAUUAG